UUCGUGACCUUGAAGGAGCUUUGCAAGUAGAAAAGGCCAGCCAAGCAGAAGCUGUGGCUGAUUUGGAAAUGAUCAAGAAGGAAUUCAAAGAAGUUGAAAGUGCAUAUGAGCGAGAAAAGCAUAAUGCACAAGAGAGCUUUGCCAAACUAAAUUUAUUAGAGAGAGAGAAUUUCUCCAAAAACAAGAAACUAAAUGAAAAGAUUGAGGAACAGAAGAAAGUAAUUAUAGACCUUUCAAAGAGACUCCAGUAUAAUGAAAAAAGUUGCAGUGAAUUACAGGAAGAACUUGUAAUGGCUAAGAAGCACCAAGCCUUCCUAGUAGAGACAUGUGAAAAUAACGUGAAAGAAUUGGAAUCGAUCUUGGACAGCUUUACUGUGUCGGGCCAGAGGACAUCAGGCAGCCACAAGGACAAAGAUAAACCUCCCAGCUUCUCUGUUGUGCUUGAGACUUUGAGGCGUACCUUGACAGAUUACCAGAACAAGCUGAAAGAUGCAUCUAAUGAGCUAAACAGCAUGAAUGAUGCUAAGGCAAAGGCAUCUAAUGAACUCGAUUCUACCAAACAGAAGAUAGAAUCUCACACUAAAAAUAUAAAGGAACUUCAGGAUAAACUGGCUGAUGUGAAUAAAGAGUUAAGUCAUUUACGCACUAAAUGUGCAGACCGAGAGGCUUUAAUAAGCACUUUAAAAGUGGAACUACAAAAUGUGCUGCACUGUUGGGAGAAAGAAAAGACGCGAGCAGCCCAGUCUGAAAGUGAACUGCAGAAGCUUUCACAGGCUUUCCGUAAGGAUAGUGAGGAGAAGCUAACCUUCCUUCAUACCUUGUAUCAGCACUUGGUAGCAGGCUGUGUGCUCAUAAAACAACCAGAAGGCAUUCUGGAUAAAUUUUCUUGGUCUGAGCUUUGUGCAGUCUUGCAGGAGAAUGUUGAUGCCCUGAUCUCAGACCUCAACAGGGCUAAUGAGAAGAUAAGCCAUCUAGAGUAUAUCUGUAAAAACAAGUCUGACACGAUGAGGGAGCUUCAGCAGACCCAGGAAGACACCUUUAACAAAGUGGCAGAGCAGAUCAAAGCUCAAGAGAGCUGCUGGCACAAACAAAAGAAGGAACUGGAGCUGCAGUAUUCUGAACUCCUCUUGGAGGUGCAGAAGAGGGCACAGAAAUUUCAAGAAAUUGCUGAAAAAAAUAUGGAAAAAUUGAACUGUAUUGAGAAGUCACAUGAACAGUUGAUUCAUGAAAAUUCACACUUCAAAAACGUGUUAUCACAAUCUCAAAGGGAACAAACAUCCUUGCUAGCAGCCUGUGCAUUGAUGGCUGGUGCCUUAUAUCCCCUGUACAGCCGAUCAUGGGCCUUAUCUACGCAGAGAGAUUUUCUCCAGGAGCAGGUCAACACCUUUGAGUUGUUCAAAUUGGAAAUUAGAACUCUCACCCAAGCUUUAUCAACUGUAGAGGAAAAGAAACAAGAGGAAGCCAAGAUGAAGAAAAAACUAUUCAAAGGAUUGAUACGUAUAUUCCGGAAAGGUGUAAUUGCAGUUUUGGCAGUGAACAGACUCAAGAUUUUGGGCCAAUCAUGUGCCUCUCUUUUUACCUGGAUGGAGAGUUUCAAAGAAGGCAUAGGCAUGUUAGUGUGUACAGGAGAGCCCAAAGACAAGCAUAAAUAUCCAAAACAUCAAAAGGAGCAAUUACGUUAUUUACAAGCGCUUAGUUGGCUCACCAGUUCUGACCUUCUUGCUGCUAUAAUCAGCUCUAUGGCUGAGUUACAAGGAGUCAUUAGUAAAACAGAUCCAAAUUCCAGAAUUGGUGGACAUUUACUCAUAGGUGCUGCCAAGAAUUCUUUUGCAAAACUCAUGGAUAAAAUUAGUCUGGCAAUGGAGACUAUACCUCUGCACAGUAGCAGGAGUAUAACAUAUGUAGAAAAAGAUUCCCUGGUUCAGAGACUGGCCCGGGGACUUCAUAAAGUAAACACAAUGGCCCUGAAAUAUGGUUUGCAUGGCCAUGUGCCCAUUAUGAAAAGCACAGCGUUGUUACAGAAGCAUAUAUUUGGAUUUACACAAAGACUGCAUGCAGCAGAAGUGGAGCGCCGCUCAUUGCGCCUAGAAGUCACAGAAUUCAAACGAAAUGUGAACGAAAUGAAAAAGGAGCUUGACAAAGCCCAAGGUCUCCAAAUGCAAUUAAAUGAAUUUAAGCAGUCUAAAUUGAUCACCCAUGAGAAGUUUGAAAGUGCAUGUGAAGAACUAAAUAAUGCAUUACUUCGGGAACAGCAGGCACAAAUGCUAUUGAAUGAACAGGCACAACAACUACAGGAGUUGAAUUACAGACUUGAAUUGCACUCCAGCGAGGAAGCUGACAAAAACCAGACUCUUGGAGAAGCAGUUAAGAGUCUCUCCGAGGCAAAGAUGGAGCUGAGAAGAAAAGAUCAAUCUCUGCGUCAGCUCAAUAGACAUCUUAGCCAGCUGGAGCAGGACAAGCGUCGACUGGAGGAGAACAUCCAUGAUGCAGAGAGUGCCCUCCGCAUGGCAGCCAAAGAUAAAGAAUGUGUUGCUAAUCACAUGAGAACAGUUGAAAAUACACUUCAUAAGGUCAGAGAUCAGAUCUCGUUGUCACGGACUGCGGCAAGUAGGAAUGACUUCACCCUGCAGCUACCCAAAUUGCACCUGGAGACCUUUGCAAUGGAGGGGCUCAAGGGCGGGCCAGAGGUUGUAGCAUGCCAGGUUAGAGUCUAA